AUUUUAAAUCGAAAAGAGAAAAAUAAAAGUGUGUACUAAUAUUAACACCGUAUCGUGAAAAUAAACUGUAAAAAUAAUUUUUUACUAAUCUAUUAACAUUUGCACUUGGCUCCAUCGUAAGAAGCCUCACAAACUAAUAACCGCACCACAGAUCCAAACCUCUUCCCCUCCAAUAAAGAAACAGAACUCCCUUCUUCUAAUCCACCAAAAAUAUAAUUUAAUUAUACCAAAUUGAGCAAUCCAAAAAUCCUCAUCCUAGUUAACUAUUCUUAAAAAAAACACACACAAACUACUGCCAAAAACUAAAUUUUGUUAUAUUAACAUAACAUUGUCAUCAUAGGACUAUCUGAGACUGCAGUUAUGGACGUUAUGUCUUCUUCACUGCAACAGCAACGCAUUAUUGUUGAACAACUAAGGCGGGAAGCGUCGGUAGAUCGUCAACCCAUAUCGGUGUCUUGUGCCGCCAUGAUGCGUUACAUAGCACAGCAUGAACAGGAGGACUAUCUUUUGCAUGGCUUCACUAGUCAGAAAGUCAAUCCAUUCCGUGAGAAGUCCUCCUGCAGUGUUCUCUAAAUGCUACAUUGAAGUGACGAGGACGACGAUAGAAGUGGUAUUGGAAAGAUGGCAAUUGAUGGCAGUACGAUGAGUGAGAGAGCAAAAAGCAACGAACCAAAGAAAAACAAGGAGCAUGAUAAUAAGCACCACCAGCAUUGGAGAUGAUAUAUGAUGAUUAUGAUCAUGGGAGAUCUAGUUGAAGACAUAACAACUAAAUUAUACUUACCACCACCACCACCUAGAGAUGAACUUUAAGCAGAAAGUGGAAGUGAUUUUGUUUUUUUAUAGAACAGCAGACACGAUACGGGCAACCACAACAAUAACAGCAAUAAAUAGUUUUAAAUCUGAAUUUUCCCAAAACCAGGCACAUGAUAAGGAAGAUAAACAACAUCAAUGAGUUAUAGAAAACAGGAUAACUUACAGAACAUCAGCAUGAAAUACAACAUAUUUUAUGAAGGAAUUAAAAAAGAAUCAUUAUUAUUAUUAUAUAAUAUUAUAUCCUCAUAUAUAUACAUACAUAUAUCAGAAUUAUAUACACAUAUAUCUAUAUAUCUAUCUAUAUAUACACAAUAUUUAUGAUAAACAAACAACUUACUACACAACAACAACAACAAUGAGAGAAGAACAACAUAUUUAAAGCUAUUUAUAUUCCGGUAAAAAAAAAAACACCACUCAAUACACCACUAUUCACAAUUUAUGACAAUUGUUAUAAGUAUUACCAAUAUUAUGAUUAUUAUUGCUAAUGUGUAACCCCAAAAAAAAGGAGAAGCAAAACCAAAGUAAACGAAACGAACAUCACAAUAUCUCAUUGCUGCAUUAGUACAUCGAUAUCAUAUAAGCAAAAAAGCCUACCUACGCCUCCUUCGUCUUCUCCUCAUAUCCAAUGAUCGAUCAUCCAAAACGAAGGCUCAUUUACCUCUCCAUGCAUUUGUAUUAGCCAUCUCAUUGUUAUACUUACAUAGCUACUACUUCUAGGCUACUCUCUUCACAUUAUGUAUUAUUUAAUUUUUUUGUAAUGUUAAAACAAAACAAAAAUAACGAAGCCAUAAUUUAAACUCAAUAAACUCAUAUUUCUGUGUAAUACAACAACUAUAAAAAUACUACAACUAAUAAAACACUCGAAACUAUUCACUGGAACUCCAAACAAUAAAAGACAGAGCCCCCUA